AUGCUAGCGAGGCAGCAGCGCGAUCCCCUCCAGUCCCUGCAGCGUCGCAAUCAGGAACUGAAGCAGCAGGUUGAUGAUGUGCUUUCUGAGAAUCGAUUGAAAGGAGCUCUAGAAGCCAGUAAAAGGCGAGAUAUUUACCAAAGAUGUAUCCAAUUAAAACAGGCAAUAGAUGAAAAUAAAAAUGCUCUUCAAAAAUUAAGCAAAACUUAUAUUCUCUCAUAGGCUGAUGAACCUGCCCCUGUUGGGAGUUACAAUCAGAAGAAAGAGGAGGAACACAAUCUUUUGGAUAAGCUUACCCACCAACUGCAGGAACUUGCUGUGUCCAUAAGUAGAGAAAAUGGCGCUGAAACUGGGGCACUUACUAAAGGAGAGGACGACGGCAAUUCUGCUGAAGAAGAUGAAGAAGAAGAAGAAGAAGAAGAAGAUGAAGAGGCCACAAGUGGAGAAUACAUUGCUGUUGGAGAUUUUACGGCUCAGCAAGUUGGAGACCUUACAUUUAAGAAAGGGGAAAGAAAAAACUCUGACGGUGGGUGGAUGGCUAAGAAUGCCAAAGGAAACAAAGGUCUUAUUCCCAGAACGUACUUGGAGCCCUAUAAUAAAGAAGAAGGCCAGGAGUCUAGUGAAGAAGGCAGUGAAGAAGAUGUAGAGGUAGGGGAUGAAACAACAGAAGGCGCAGAAGUUAAACUAAGAACCGAUUCUCAUUGGAGUGCUGUCCGAAAAGCCAUCUCAGAGCAGAUUAACACUGUCGACGUAUUGACCACGAUGGGAGCUAUUCCUGCCGGGUUCAGGCCUUCCACCCUCUUCCAGCUUCUGGAGGAAGGGAAUCAAUUUCGAGCAAGUUACUUCUUACAACCAGAGCUCAACUCACAACUGGCCUUCAGAGAUCUAAUGUGGGAUGCUAAAACAGGCUCUAUUAGGUCAAGACCAAGUCGUGUUUCCUUGAUUCUGACCCUCUGGAGCUGUAAGAUGAUUCCUCUUCCAGGAGUGAGCAUCCAGGUUCUGAGCAGACACGUGCGCUUCUGUCUGUUUGACGGCAAUAAGGUUCUGAGCAACAUUCAUACAGUCAGGGCCAUAUGGCAACCUAAGAAACCCAAAACAUGGACCUUUUCUCCCCAGGUUACUGGCAUCUUGCCCUGCUUGCUUGAUGGUGAUUGUUUCAUCAGGUCCAAUUCUUCUUCUCCAGAUCUUGGAAUAUUAUUAGAACUUGGAAUUUCUUAUAUUCGCAAUUCAACUGGUGAAAGAGGAGAAUUAAGUUGUGGCUGGGUGUUUCUUAAACUUUUUGAUGCCAGUGGAAUUCCUAUUCCAGCAAAAACUUAUGAACUCUUCUUGAAUGGAGGCACCCCUUAUGAAAAAGGUGUUGAAGUGGACCCUUCAGUAUCCAGAAGAGCACAUGGUAGUGUUUUCCAUCAGAUGAUGAGAAGGCAGCCUCAACUUCUAGUAAAACUGAGAUAUUUGAACAGAAGAUCAAGGAACAUGCUAAGUCUACUGCCGGGUAUGUGCUCCGUUCAUUUGUUGAUAUUUUAUUGCCAGAUUCUUGGAGACGUGCUCCAAAGGAUGAGCAUGCACAGUGCUGAUUUAAUUAGUAAUCUAGUGCUGGCCACCUUCCCCAAGCUCUUGGAGCAGCCUGACAUACUGGAUGCACUCAGGAGUUCCUGGGCUGAGAAAGAGAGUACAUUAAAAAGAUCAGAGAAGAGAGAUAAGGAGCUCCUGAAGGCUGUGUUCCUCCUGGUUUACCACGACUGCGCGCUCCCCCUCAUCCACUCCGCACUCCUGCCCCUGUUCAGGUGGGCAGAGGAGGAGACCGAGGCCGUCCGAUGGAAGGUCAUCGCCGACUUCCUCAAGCAAAACCAAGAAAACGAGGGCGCCCUCCAGGCUCUGCUGUCGCCAGCGGGGCUCCAUGAACCUUUCGACAUUUCAGAGCAGACCUAUGACUUCUUGGGUGAAAUAAGAAAGAAUGCAUCCUGA